UAACCAGACGGGUAGACCACAUCUGAGAAUAGAUUUGAACGUCUUCAUCAUGCGACUCUUCAUUCUCAGUCUUCUCGUGUGUAUCCACACAUUACUCGCUGAAUCCAAUGCCAGCAAGACAUACAUGCUUCAUUUACGUUGGCUUCCAACACACUGUCUCAACAGAUAUUGUACUGUCCCGAAGAAUAUGACUAUGGACAUUUCGAGAUUGAGAACAUCACCUCACUUUGACUGGACUGAUUUCGCAUGCACACGUCGUCUAAACUCCUCCGACAAGGAUAUUAAAAGAAUACCUGAUCUGAAUACUUAUUGGACUAAUCCAACUAAUGAACCUUUUGCACACUAUGGGGUUUACUAUACUUAUGGAUCUUGUGCAGUUGUGGAUGAAUCUGGAUCCAGUUUAAUUCUCUACAUCAAUCACAGCAUUAAUCUCUACAAAAAACUCAUGACACCAAAAAACGUUAAAAAGCUCCAUAGAUUAUUACAGACGAAGGUUCACUCGACUGCAAAAAUGGAAAAAAACCUGUUGAAAAUAUUCGGUGUACAACCCAAGUUGAUCUGUGCUCGGAGUAAGGUUGGGAGUGUUUACUUACACGAAUUGGUAUUCUGUUUCAAUGAAGCGUCAUCACUCGUCAACUGUCCAUCAGAAUACGCUAGCCAUCUAGAGAAAUUUAUACCUGAUGAGUAUGUGAAAGAUAAGAAAUUACUUCGUGGGGAAAUUGAGUCUCAAAUCUUGUGUCCAGCCAAGUUCAUCAUUCCCAAGUACAAAAUACUUGGAGACGCCAAAAAAUACACACGUUCCAUCCACGUCGAUCCUAAAGGGAAUUAAUUAUGAUGAAGAUGAUGAGAAUGAAUUCGAUGAAGAUUAUCAUCAUUGUGAGUAGUAUUGAACUUUUGUUAGUCUAUAAAUAUGGGAAUCAUAAUAAGGAUGAUAAUGUACCGCUUACUUUUCAUUUGAUAUACUCACUUCUUGUAAUGUAGUCUCUAACAAAUAAAAUAUUUCUUACUUUUCAA